AUGGCGCCUUAUCUCGGCUUGAGUGGCAAGUCUCUCAAUUUCAUCAUUGGAAUCAUCGGCGCAACUGCUUUUGCUCUUCAAGGAUACGAUCAAGCUGUUGGAAAUGGUAUCCUGACUCUGAAGACAUUCUUACAUGUCUUUCCACAAACGGAUACGCUUGACACGAAAGGCGCUCAAAAGUCACACAACGCCACAAUCCAAGGCACAACCAUUGCCAUUUACGAGGUUGGCUGCACGCUUGGGGCUCUGGCCUGCGUGUAUAUCGGUGAUAAGUUGGGUCGCACUCGGACUGUAUUUGCUGCUGGCAUUGUGACACUCGUAGGAGUGGCCAUUCAAACAUCAGCCUUCAGCCUUGGACAGUUCAUCGCGGGAAGAGUCAUAACAGGACUUGGCCUCGGCGCAUGUACCGCGACUGUUCCUAUGUGGAUUUCGGAAUGUGCCAAUGCUAAAGACCGCGGGUACUUUGUUCUUCUUCAAGGCUUAUUUGCCCUGGGGGGAAUUGUUACCGCCACCUGGCUAGAGUUUGGGCUUUUUUAUGUUAAAGAUGACGCUGUCAACUGGCGCUUUCCUAUCGCCUUUCAAGCAGUCUUGGCAUUGAUUGUUGUCAGUGUUAUUCUAUUCAUGCCGGAAUCUCCUCGCUGGCUUCUCAAGAAUGCACGCACAGAGGAAGCCAGUAGAGUCUUGGCCGUUCUCGGAGACACACCUGCAGAGUCAGAGACCAUCGCUGCGGAAAUUGCAACUAUCAGCAGCGCUAUAGAGCAGGAAGCCAGCAGUGAUGGGUGGAACAACCCUUUUGCUAUGAAUCAUGGACGAUACCUCCAUCGCACAAUGCUUGGGCUCGGUGUGUGCUUUUUGGGGGAAAUGACUGGCGUCAACAUUGUCACGUUUUAUUCGACAACCAUAUUUCAGAUUAAUCUCGGAUAUUCUGGAACUACAUCCCGAGUCAUCUCUGGGUGCCUCCAAAUAUGGCAACUCCUUGCUGCCGGCCUAGCCGUCUUCCUUGUGGACCGCGUUGGCCGCAGGCCCCUUCUCAUCGUUUCAGCUGCGGGCAUGGCUGUAGCACACGCAUGUUUGGCAGGUCUGACUUCCAAUCUUCAUAACAAGCAUGCUUCCGAUGCGGCGAUAUUCUUCUACUUUGUUGCUCUCUUCUUUUUCCCCAUCGGCCUCUUUCUCCUUCCCUUCAUGUACGCUGCCGAGAUCGCUCCUCUUAGAACUCGAUCGCAAGUUACUGCAAUGGCUGCUGCUAUACACUGGCUAUUCGGUUUCGUUAUCGCUGAAGUCACUCCGGUGGCGUUUGCGAAUAUUUCAUGGAGGUAUUAUAUUGUAUACGCUUCCAUCAGUGCCUUUUCCUCAGCCGUGUUCUAUCUCUUUUACCCAGAAACGCGAGGCCGCACUUUGGAAGAGAUUGAUGAGAUUUUCACACAAUCAAAGUCAAUUUUCGACACAGUGGGUGUUGCAAAGACUCUGCCAUUCGCAACUCUUCCAGACUUGGAGAAUGAGAAGGCUCCACGUGUAGAGCAAAGCGAAUAG